AUGAGCUCCAUGCAGUCAAACUCCUCUGCAAAUGUGACCUUUGUGCGUCCUGCAGCAUUUUUCAUUAAUGGCUUUUUUAAUUUGCCACAUGCAAAAUACUACUAUGUUUUCUUGUCUUUAGUGUAUUUUGUGACUGUUUUAGGGAAUACAUUUAUCAUGUGUAUCAUAUAUUUGGCCCGCAGACUUCACACAGCCAAAUACAUUGCUGUUUUCCAUCUGGCCUUUUCUGACCUGUGUGGAAGCUCGGCUUUGAUUCCAAAAGUCAUUGACACAUUUUUAUUUGAGCAUCAAGUUGUUUCAUAUGAAGCAUGUUUGGCAAAUAUGUUUUUUGUAUAUCACUUCAUGAACACGCAGUCUUUGACACUACUUGUCUUGGCUUAUGACAGACUGGUUGCUAUUUGUUUUCCUCUACGGUAUCAUGCCAUUGUAACCAAACAAGCCAUGUUUCUGAUCAUAGGGGUAAUGUGGAUUUUUUCAUUGACAUAUUUAUCUAUACUUGUAGGUUUUGUGAACACACUCUCUUUUUGUAGAUCUGUCGUGAUUAAUAGUUAUUUUUGUGACCAAGGAAUUAUGUAUAGACUAGCUUGUAAUGAUAAUUCUAUUAAUAUAUUGAUGGGAAAAAUUAGCUUUGGUCUCCUCAUGUGCACACCACUCAUACUGAUCAUCAUUUCAUAUUUCUGCAUUGCUCUGGCUUUGCUUAAUAUUGCUCAUGGUGCUGACCGGAACAAGGCCAUGAAAACCUGCACCUCACAUCUCAUAUUGGUAGCAAUUUCUUAUCUCCCAGUUUUAAGUAAUAAUAUUGCUGCUGUCACAACACCUAUCAAUCCAAACACCCGGAUAAUUAACAAUUCUUUGACCCAGACAAUACCACCAAUGCUGAAUCCCAUCAUAUACACUCUAAAGACAGAGGAGGUCAUGCAAUCCAUAAAAGAACUGUACAAGCGCAGUAGGAUGUGUGUUACUGUAGAAAUAAAUAUAAAAUGCAGUGGAAGAAUUUAA